AUGAAAGGAGAAUCCCCCCCCCCCACGACAUCGGUACGUAAGGAGCGUGCAACCGCUGCCCUACCAAAGAAAGAAGAAGCAUGUAAAAGGCGUGACGAGGCAACCCGUAAAAGGCGUGCAUGUAGUGCAACGACUGCUGUCACUGCAGUACAGGAGCCUGAGCCUGAACUUGAACAAGGUUCUGGUCAAGGAGAGGAGGAUAGUUCUGGUGAAGAAGAGGAUGAGGGUUCUACUGAGGAGGAGGAGGAGGAAGAGGAGGAUGAAGAGGAUGGCGGGCAUACACAAGCAGAUCAAGGUGAGGAAGAUGAUGAUGAUGACAUAUUCUUUCUUGGGGGGCCUUAUGACAAUACCUUGCUGAAGAGCUUCAAGCAACAUAUGUCACUGGAGGUGUGGAAGCAUUACAAGAAACCUGCUGAAGUGCUUGAUAGGGGUGUCUUGAAAACCUACCACCAUGGGAAUGCUAUGCUUGGGAAUGAUAAGAAGAAGCAUAAGGAUGUGUUAAAAUGCUUUUCGACUUAUGUAAAGAGAAGGGUUGUGGCUGCUGGUCUAUUGCCUUUGUUGACAUGCAACCUUCUCUCUGUUGACAAGACCAUGCUAGCAGCGUUUGUGGAGAGAUGGAAAUACAGUGAGAAAGACCCGCGAGCUUGCAAAUGGGUCACCAAGAGGGGGACUGUGGACCUGCAUGCGAAGAGGCUAAUCCUAGAUGACCUUAGGGAUAACAAUGUUAUAUGGACUCCAUAUGACGAGCAUAGAGUGGAUUAG